GCCGCCUGGGUGCAAAUGCUGUGCCUGAAUGCCUUUCCGAAAGGCAGCUGGGGUCCAGCGCCUGCCGAGAACCCACCCAAGCUUUCUGCCCUGGAGAUGCUGGAGAACUCGCUGUAUAGCCCCAGCUGGGAAGGAUCCCAGUUCUGGGUAACCGUGCAGAGGACCGAAGCCUCUGAGCGCUGCGGCCUGCAUGGCUCCUAUGUGCUGAGGGUGGAGGCUGAGAAGCUGACUCUCCUGACUGUGGGAGCUCAGAGUCAGAUACUGGAGCCGCUUCUCUCCUGGCCCUACACGCUGUUGCGUCGCUAUGGCCGAGACAAGGUCAUGUUCUCCUUUGAGGCUGGUCGGCGCUGCCCCUCUGGCCCUGGGAACUUCACCUUCCAGACGGCACAGGGAAAUGACAUUUUCCAGGCAGUCGAGACUGCUAUCCACCGGCAAAAGGCCCAGGGCAAGGCUGGUCAGGGGCAGGAUGUUCUUAGAGCUGAUUCCCAUGAAGAAGUGGCAGAGGGGAAGCUGGCUUCCCACCCUGGUGCCCAGGAGCUCCCAGACAGCCCGCCGUCUCUGUACGCUGAGCCCUUAGACUCUCUGCGCAUUCCUCCAGGUCCUUCCCAAGAUUCCCUGUAUUCAGACCCUUUGGACAGCACCGCGGCUCUGGCAGGGGAGAAGGUACAGUUAAAGAAAACUCUCUAUUGGGACUUGUAUGAGCAUGUGCAGCAGCAGUUGAUGAAGACCAAGCUGACGGGCCCCAAGGAGGACCCCAUCUAUGAUGAACCAGAGGGCCCGGGAGCAGCUUCUGCCCGGGGCCUUUAUGAUCUGCCUCAGGAGCCCAAGGAUGCAUGGUGGUGCCAGGCUCGAGCGAAGGAGGAGGGCUAUGAGCUCCCCUACAACCCUGCCACUGAUGACUACGCCGUGCCUCCCCCUCGGAGCACAAAGCCCGUCCCAGCUCCCAAGCCCCAGCGCCUGGCCUUCCCUGAACCUGGCACAGCUGGCAGUGGCAGCAAAGGCCACAGCUCAGACACUGCCCUGUACAGCCAGAUCCAGAAGAGCAAGGCCUCAGGGGACUGGGACUGUGGGCUCUCUAGAGUAGGGGCCGACAGGACUGGGGUCAAGUCAGAGGGCUCCACAUGAGAAGUAGAGCAAGGCUGGGGUUGCUGAUAGGAGGACCUUGGAGAGGUGGCAUUGGGGGGAUCAAAGAAACCUGUUAGAACCAGUGGGACCCAGAGGACUGGAGGGGCCUGUGUGAGACUGGAGGAUCAGACAAAUCAGGGGAGUCAAGGGGAGGAUGAUUAAUCCCCAGAAGUCCUGGAAGUGGGACAGAUGAGAGGGGCUCAGGGAUGGUACCUGGGAGGCCAGCAUCUCUAAGUCAUCCCCCCAAAAGAAUGGACAGUUGCUGGACCAAGUCUAUGGAUUAGAGUGGGUACAGUUGGCGGGGCCUGCAUGGAGGCUGUAGGAAGAUGCUGGACUGCCUGGGUCCUUUCCCCUGUAUUUUUUCCCCCAGAGAUUUAUUUAAAAAAAAGUUUUAUUCUCAUUAAAGCCAGAGGGUUUAAGAGG